AUGGUGUCAGAAGUGUUGUUGUGUGUGUUGUUGCUGCAGGGGAUGGGGGGAGGGGAGGUGGGUACUGCUGCAUUGGUUUGGCUCGGAUUCCUGGGUUCAGUUGGUUUACUGGGGUCUUGUACAUGUUCUGUCUGCAGUAUGGUUCAAGUAAGGUCUGCAUCGUGUGUGCAAUUUGUGUAUUAUAGAUUUAUCAUGGCAGAAGAAUGCACACUAGAUACUUCACCACGACUACUACCGCGUUCUCCUAGACCAGAAACACAACUAACUCCGAGUGGGACCAAGGAGUGGUUCCCUUGCUGCCCUGAAGAGGAAAAGCCAUAUGUGGGAAAGAUUUUCCCAACUCUAGAGGAUGGAAUUAAUUUCUACAAGGAUUAUGCUAAAAUAUGCCACUUUGUUAUGCGACUGUCCUCAACAACCAUGAUUGCAGGACAAAUUGUCUCUUUGAAGCAUUGUUUAUGCAAUAAGGCAGGGUUCAAAGAAGUAAGGAACAAUAAGCAGGAAGGUAAAACCAGGGAAAGUGGCACUCGUCAACGUAGAACAAAGGUCACUAGAACUGGUUGCAAAGCUAAAUGCGUGCUCAAAUACUAUGCUGAAGAUAGAACCUAUAGGGUAUUGGUUUUUCAUAAAGGUCAUAACCAUUGUCUCGCUAGUCCUAUGUCUUUUCAAUACAUGAAAAGUUCAAGGAAAAUGACACUGAUGCAGAAAAACUUCAUAGUUAACAAUGCAAGAGUAAAUAUAGGACCAGUCAAAUCAUUUCGGAUGUAUAAAGAACAAGUAGGAGGCUAUGGGAAUAUUGGUGCUACACUUCAAGAUUUCAAGAAUUUCCACAGGGAUAUGAAAGAGUACAUCAAAGAUCAAGAUGGGAAGAUGUUGAUUGAGAAUUUUCUGAUGAAAAGAGAUGUAUUUGAGGGAUUUUACUUCGAUUAUGAACUUGAUGACGAGUAUCAUAUUUGUCGACUAUUCUGGGGAGAUGCUAUUUAUCGGAAAAAUUAUAGGUUGUUUGGUGACAUGGUUUCUUUUGAUGCUACAUACGACACUAACAAGUACUCGAUGGAUUUUGUUCCAUUCACAGGAGUUGACCAUCAUAGGUCUUGCAUUACUUUUGGCGUGGGUUUCAUUGGAAGAGAAACUGCAGAAUCAUUCGAAUGGCUAUUAAGGACUUUCCUUCAAGUGAUGGGGAACUAUGAGCCUACAUGCAUCAUCACAGACCAAGAUCCGGCGAUGAAAGCUGCUAUAAAGCAAGUAUUCAAAGACACCGAACAUCGACUUUGUAUGUGGCACAUUAUGGGGAAGGUAUCCGAAAAAAUCACCCCAGAGUUUCGCCAAGAUAAAGUUUUCUUUGAAGAAUUAAAUGGUUGUGUGUGGAACAUGGACAAUGAACCUGCAGAAUUUGAAGCUGAAUGGAGAUCAAUUAUAGGAAAAUAUAACCUAGAGAGUAAUGAAUGGUUUAACUACAUGUUUUCGAUCAGGAAAAAGUGGAUACCGGCGUAUUUCAGGGAUCUCUUCUUAGGUGGAAUCAUGAGGACAACUUCUAGGUCUGAGAGUGAGAAUAGUUUUUUCUGUAACUUUACAAACCCUCAUGUCACACUUGUUGAGUUCUUCAUGCGUUUUGAAAGCGCAAUGGACUCACAAAGACAUAGGCAAGAGAAGCUUAAUUAUGAUUCGAAACAUUCACUCCCCCAACUAAAGACGCCAUUGCCUUUGGAAAGGCAUGCCUCUAAGGUAUACACACAUACUAUCUUUUAUAUGUUUCAGAGAGAAAUAACUAUAUCAUGUUUUUAUUGUGGGAUUAUUGGAAUAACAAAGGAACAUGAUACAAAGAGUGUUGUUGUGAAAGAUUCUGCUAGAAGUAAGAAUUAUAUUGUGCUUUUCAAUGCGCAAAAUGAUGUUAUAACUUGCUCGUGUAAGUUUUUUGAGAGACUAGGCAUAUUAUGUAGGCAUUCAGUGUGUGUUUUAAAUUCAAGAGAUAUUAAAGAACUACCAAGCUCGUAUGUACUAGGUCGUUGGACUAAAGAUGCACAACAAAAGCCUAUUUUUGGCAUGGAUGACAAUCUACUUGAAGAGUGUAGACAAGUAAAUUGUAAGAAGAAGCUUUUGUGUGAGAUUUGGUCAGAGAUAUACAAUUGUGUGGCACUUUCUGAAAGAAAUGAGGAAGACUUGGUUAAUCUUGCUGAAAUUCUGAAAGGUUUUAGCAAGACUGUACUGGAAAGAAAUAGUAGUGAAACACAACUUACCAAAGUUCAAGAAAUGGAGAUUUUUGUCGGGCCUAGUGCAGCAUCUGAUUUAAAUAUCCUAAACCCGAAGCAAUCUAGCAACAAAGGGACAGUGUUCAGAUCAAACACAGCUUGUGACGGAGCAACAACAUUAGCCAAUAAUGCCAUCCUCAGUUCAGGCCCUUUUGGGUGA